ACAACAAAUAACCUUUUCGUUGCGAUUUGUUUGAAUAAUUGAUGUUAUUUUUUAAUGAUUUAUUAUGAACUCAGAUCUAAGUUUAUGAAUUACUCAAAGCCUUUUACCAUUUACAUAUAGAAUUUUUACAUUUGUUGCUCGAUAGCGUACUCAUUUCAUUUGUUCUCAAGCUUUGAACAGUUCCGGUGAUGUGUUUCAAAAAGAAAGUGUUGAGAAUUUUAGAACCGAGUUCGAAUCAAUGUAGGGUAUUUAGUACAGAAAUCAGAAAACCCUUCAAUAGUAUUCCAGGUCCACUUUCAUUACCCGCCAUCGGAACUCUGUAUCAAUAUCUUCCUCUGAUUGGAAGAUACAAGUUCUCUAAGUUACAUAUCAAUGGAUUGAAAAAGUAUAAACAAUUUGGUAGCAUUGUAAGAGAAGAAAUAGUACCUGGUGUUAAUACAGUAUGGUUAUUCGAUCCCAAUGAUAUUGAACAUUUAUUCAGAAAUGAAGGAGUACAUCCAAAAAGAAGAAGCCACCUUGCACUUCAGAAAUAUAGAUUAGAUAAACCUCAUGUUUAUAAUACAGGAGGAUUAUUGCCAACAAAUGGUGAAAAUUGGUGGAAACUGAGACAAGUAUUUCAAAAAGGCUUAAGUGGUCCCAUAGCCGUUAAAAACUUCAUUUCUGGUAGUAACGAAAUAGUUGAUGAAUUUUUGGAUAGACUCAAUCUCAUGAGCAAAUGUUCAAAUAUAGACUACUUACCAGAGUUGUCAAGGUUAUAUCUUGAAUUGAUAUGUCUCUCUGUAUUUGAUGUCCGGAUGGAUAGUUUCUCUGAGAGUGAAUUGAGCAGAAAUUCUAGAUCUACAAAGUUACUGAAAUCAGCUCUAAUCACCAAUGAUUGUAUUUUAAAGUUGGACAAUGGACCUCAGUUAUGGAGACACUUUACAACUCCAUUGUAUUGGAAAUUGAAGAAGGCUCAGACCUGCAUGGAAGACGUUGCUAUCGAUAUGGUAGGAAUAAAGAUGCAUACCUAUCAAGAACUGAAUUAUGAUCAACCAAGGUCUUUGCUGGAUAUUUAUCUCCGAUCAAAUGAACUAGACUUCAAGGAUAUUAUUGGAAUAAGCUGUGAUUUUCUUCUAGCAGGGAUGGAUACUACCUCUUAUACUACCUCUUUUCUUCUAUAUCAUUUAGCAUUGAAUAAAGAAGCACAACAUAAAUUGUGGGAAGAAUCUCAAAGGUUGCUACCAAACAAGAACAAUCCUGUAACAAAAGAAGUGUUGGCAGAGGCCCACUAUGCUAAAGCUUGCCUUAAGGAAACACAUAGAUUGAGACCAAUUUCAGUGGGCGUAGGGAGAAUCUUAAGCAAACCAUCUGUUUUUUCAGGUUAUGAAGUACCUGAAGAGACAAUUAUUGUUACCCAGAACCAGAUUUCCUGCCGGUUGGAAAGGUAUUUUUCCCAUCCAAAUGACUUUUUACCAGAAAGGUGGUUGAAGGAUCAUCCACUUCAUAGAAAUACACAUCCAUUUUUGGUAUUACCAUUCGGACAUGGUAAAAGAUCUUGUAUUGCCAAACACUUGGCUGAACAAAAUAUGCUUAUUCUUUUGUUGAAGUUGUCCAGAAGUUAUGAAAUUGGGUGGAAUGGCUCUAAUUUGGAUACAACUUCUUCCCUGAUUAAUAAACCCAAUGGGCCAAUUUUAUUGAACUUCAAGACUCGAUCCUUAUAAUAUAAAUUGGCAGAGAUUUUUUAUUGUUUUAUAAUUAAAAUUUAAUUAUAUUUUAUUAAAAAAUUAACAAAC